AUGGCCUGUAAACGAUGGACAACUAAACCAUUCAAACUACCGGCUAUGCACAGUCUUCCAGAACAAUGGGUCACACGUUCUAGAACCUUUGCGCAUAUAGGUACACUUAAUACCCGGCCACUGACGUACUUUGAUGAUUACGAAAUCAUUCGCCCAAUUGGUUUCAUCUCCUCCAAUGCCUCUCUGGUCACUCCAAUUAACAACAGCGACAACUAUGAGGAAUUUACCCCUCAUAAAUUAAGCGACAAGGAAAAACUUGUUAAAGAAAGAACGCAAAGGAACCAUAUUUCUGCCCGAAAUAUGGAAGUGAGGAUACCACGUGAGGGUGAAAUAGUAUUAGUCAAUGAACCGGUAGUCCCUCGUGCUAGAACGAGAAGUGCUGUUAAGCGUCAACUAAAACAAGGAAAUUCAAGUAAGUCUCGUCGUAUAAUAACAAAUUUGGUUUUAUUGGCAGUAAUGUGUAUUGUGGAAACCCGAGCAUCUCAAGAUAAAAAAUGGAUGUUAAAAAGUGAUCCAACUCUAGCAGCAAAGCUAUUGCUUCAAAGAAAUGACGUGAUAGCUAAAAGUAUCAAAGGUGAAGUAUUGGUUGCUCCUUGUAACGCAGGAAGGGUCGAAAGACCUUUGGUGGAAUUCAGUGUAAGUCUAACAAAUCAAUUUGAAAUUGAACGUAUCAACACUGAAUUACAAGUAUUAGAGCAACGAGUAGAGAUACUCAAUCCCGCUCCAAUCAAAUCAAUCCCACAGCGGAUUUGA